AUGCUCCCGCACAUUAAUCAGGCGAAACGUCUCAACACGGCCCACUACUGUGACGACCGCGCCAAACUGAUAUACUUGUCUGUUUUCGCGAAGAACGUGUCGAUAAUUUAUCAUCUAUCAGAGAAAGAUAUCCAGUCACCCCGUAGGUCUCUAGAGCUCCUUGAUAAGGUGAAAUGUCCCAACACGGCCCACUACUGUGACCAAGCUGAUCUACUUGUCUAUUUUCGCGAAGAACGUGUCGAUUAUUUGUCGUCUACCUUAGAAAGCGAUCUAGUCACCCCGGGGGUAGUCACUAGGGAGGAUGUAGUCAUCGGCAUGCUCAAGGUCGCCAAAUCUCUCAUAGGUGCCAGAAAGUCCUACAAUGUGCUAACUAAAGCACCACCGAUUGGUAACUUUCCAACAACCACCCCUAAUGCUGACUUUAGCCCUUUCUUCAUCCUUCGUAACAAUACACCUGACAACAGAACUAAUCACGAGCCGGCAAGCAACAAGCGCACCCGUUCACACAGACCUUUAAUCGGUCUCCCCAUCGCUCUGUACGCCAACCACGCGCAUGACAGGCAAAAACGCUCAUAG